AUGUUUAAUAUUUGACAUUCCUUUGUUGUUAGAGACCAGGAGCAGAUCGUGGAUCUUAGAAACAGAGCUUCUAACUGCAGUUGGUCGUGAUCACAGGUUAAGUGAGUGGGAAGGAGGUUUUUUUCUGAGAGGUGGUGAGAGAAAAGCAUUCUAAGGCAGUUAGAGAGUGAUCUGGAACCUGAGGACGGGAUUCCAGGCAACUGAGAUGCAAUGCUGAAGUUCCAAGGAAACAUAAGUGUCUCAUGAAGCCCAAGCUUUUGGCUGGAGGAGUGGUCACCUUUGAUCCCUACCAGCAAGAAUCUUAAGAAGCACGACUGGUGGAUAGGCCUUUUCACUAAGGGAGACAUCUAUCAAAACAAGGUGCUAAGGGCCUUUUCUCUGAUUGCACCUCAAGAUGCAUAUGAUGGGAACAGGAAACAAUAACUCUUCUGAAGACACACAGCUGGUGUUUCGCUACCAGUCCUUUGGCCGCAUCUUCAGCUUCUUGGGUCUUGUUUGCUUGUUCACUGCGAUGGUCUCUCCCCAUUGGGUUGUGGUCGUCGGCACCCGGCACACGAUCAAUGUGGGCCUCUGGACUAUGUGCAGAUACAAAAACUGCAGGAAAUAUGUGGGAGCCGCCAAAAUCCUUGUGGUGAUCAAAGUCUUAAUUUCGUUGUGUGCCCUCAGUGGUUUGGUGGCAGUCUCCUGUGCAUUUCUAAGCAGCCUCAGAAAAUCCAAAGCACCUCUUUUUACCAAUUUUUUCACAGGACUACUGUUGCUCGGCACGAUGUUGUUGUACGACCUGUCACUAAAACCCAACAACAUAUUUGGUUCCUCCGUCGUGGUGACCGAUCUCCCGGUUUAUGUUUCCUGGUCCUUCAUUUUGGGCUGCUUCGCCUGUUUCCUGUUUCUGUUGAACGCCAAUGUUCAAGGAGCCAAGACACUGUUGGUCAUGGCUAUUUUUUGCGGAUUUGUUGGUGCUUCGUUUAUGACCUUCACCUACCGCUACUCUGAAAGUUUUGAGAUGUACCGCUACCAGGUUGCUGCCAUGGGAUCUUUCAUCACAGCUGCCUUGGUGUUUUUAGCUUUGAGCAUUUAUACCAUUCGCAUCUCUACACACGGAGUCAGCAGAAUAGGCAAGAUCACCUAUCAGUGGUCUUUCUACCUGGCCUGGACUACCUGUCCUUGCUUCAUUCUAAGUGGCUUAUUUGGGCUGAUAGCUCACCAGCGAUUAUUGAUCCAUGGGUCUAGUUUGACCGAUGGAGAAAGUACCAUCACCACCUCCUCCUGCACCAUCAGCUCCUUGGCUUCCUCCUCCUCCUCCUCAGAGUGGACCGCCGCCUCCUCAAACACUGUGGAGGAAGAAGGAGAAGAAGCACAACAAGAUCAGGAGCAAGAAGGAGGAGAAGGAGAAGAAGAGGGCGAGGAGGAAGAGGAGGAAGAGGAGGAAGAGGAAAAGACCAAACCGUUGGAUCAAGUUAUAAUUUCAAAGGAAGCAGUCCUGGCAUGACAAAGUUGUGUUAACGUAUCAGUUCAUAAUAUCAAAAUAAUCACAAAAUUAUUUUGUGACACUGUAGCAGCCUAACUCUUUCUGUGUGUGUGUGUGUGUGUGUGUGUGUGUGUGUGUGUGUGUG